AUGCCUGCAGCACCUCUAGAUUCCAUGAACGGCAAGAAACGAAUUGCUGCUGUUCGACGAAAGUCGUCGGUGGUGUCAGAAGAAAACAUCCAAGAGCGAUUGGGACUUCGACGACAAGCUAGCACAGUUCGAAAAUCCGUUAUAUUGGAAUCACUGGGGAAAUGGGAGACAGGGGGAGACCUUACUUUCAAACAAUCACCGAAAAUUGAUUCAAUAUCGGAGACAACGAGGCCCAGAUCCUUUGACGAUGGACCGCUUGUCAAGGAAGAAAUGGAAGGGGAAACUCUGGCAAAGGGUAAUAGGGCUAAAUCGGCGGAUGCUCGCACGUCCUCUGUAGUCUCACCUAUAGUACCCAAACAAAAGACAUCCAAAAAGGCAGUUGGCUCGAUGUCGCCACCUGUCGCACCCAAGCGAUCGUCAGCACCAGCAAAAGAAACAGAAACAGCAGCGGUCUCACCCCUGGCCCCCAAACGAGUAUCUGUGUCUCCUAAGAGUUCUUCUCCUGGUCUGCAAAAAAUAUCCUCGAAAAGGAUCAGUCCAAAACGGAGUAGUCGCAAAAUUAAGCGGGCUUCGAGUCGGUCCAUCCUGAAAGACAAGGGCAGUCCGAGCAAUGGAGACCAUUUGUUAGAAGGCGAUGAUGACUCCAAAAAACCGCAAACUUCUGCUAGUAGUGGAAGUGGAACCGGUAACAGUAUCGGCAAUGGUGGAAGCAGCGUGGUCAGCGCUCCUUCGAAAUUACCCCCCAACCGUGCCAAGCGACGGACCUCAAAGGGUCCCAAGUCAGCCAAAAGCAUGGCCAAUGGCCAAAAACCUCGUCGGAGCAAGUCUUCUGACUUGGAAGCCUGUUCCGAAGGCCAAACCAAAGCCAAAAAGAGUAAACGACGAUCCAAAUCAGCGGACAACGACGUGGAUUUUGGACCGGAUAUCCUAGUGGAUGAAGAAAAGUCGGAAAAAUCGAAAAAGAAGGGCAGGACGAAACGACGAUCCUCUAAUAAGCGGACUUCGGCAAUACAGUCCACUGAUGUAGAGAAUGAUAAAGAAGGCAAUCAGCAAAGUAAUCCACAAGAUAGGAGGGCAUCCUUGGCGGGAACCAAAAAGCGGGCGCAUAGUGCAGGUCCGCUGAAACGAAAAACUGGUGAGGCGAAUGAAAAACCGGCACUGCCGGAAAGGGCGGCCAGUAUGAUGUUAAAUAGGGACAACACAAGGCGAGGGAAGGCCAAUUCCCUACAUAAUUUGGUCCAAUACUCGGCGGAGGAAAUUCACAGUACUUCCUAUUUUGCUAGCAACCAUGUCCUGGUAAAUCGAGAACGAAUGAAACGAGGAUUGCGACCACUUACUCGGAAUAUUGCCAUGGACUCCCUGGCAAGAGAGAGUGCAGAGUCUAUGGCCGAGUCAGCGGGCAGUUCUCCAUUGCGAACGACCUAUGUGGGCAAUGUACUUCGUGGCGAGUCCAUUCGAGCAGUACAUAGGGCUGUCAUGCUAAACAAGCAAGGGCGGGAACGAGCUAAUAUGCUCAACCCAUACUUUCAAGAUUUUGGCGUCGGAACUGCCAAAGGAAAAGAUGGGAUGCUCUACGUUUGUCAGCUGUUCAGCGAACGGUUAGAAUUGAGUUGCACAGAUCUUGUAGUGGACGAAGAGAAAUCAGAUUAG